AUGAUCAGUGCAUUUAGCCGCAAGAAGCAUCUGGGUCUGAUGAGGAAAAUGAGAAAAGAGUGUUGCUGCUUCUUCCUCCUGAUGCUGUUGCUACUGUCACAAGCUUCAUCCUCUUCUGCAGAUCAUGGGUCUGCAGCAGCAGCAGCAGCUGCAGCACCCAGAUUUGGAAGUUUCAGAGGUGGGUCUGCUGCCUCUGAGCUCACUCAUGUUGAAUCUGCUACUUUUACUGGCAAUAAAAAAGAUGGUGAUGCAGUUUUUGGUGAUGAAAAGAGGAAAAUUUACACAGGUCCCAAUCCUUUACACAACAGAUAA